UGAGAUGUGCUGCAGUGUCUGUCUCAUCACAGAUCUGGAACGAAUCAGUGACCAGGCUGGUGUUUGGAAUGUUGUAUCCCGCAUAUUACUCAUACAAAGCUGUGAAGACAAAAAACGUGAAGGAAUAUGUUCGCUGGAUGAUGUACUGGAUUGUGUUUGCUCUUUAUACAGUUACUGAAACGAUAACUGACCUAACAAUCUCUUGGUUUCCACUGUACUAUGAACUGAAGAUAGCUUUUGUUAUCUGGCUCCUUUCCCCAUAUACUAGAGGGGCAAGUUUAAUCUACAGAAAAUUCCUCCACCCACUGCUUUCUUCUAAAGAAAGGGAGAUUGAUGAGUACAUCGUCCAAGCCAAAGAAAGAGGCUAUGAGACCAUGGUGAAUUUUGGAAGGCAAGGGUUAAAUUUGGCAGCAACUGCUGCAGUGACAGCAGCUGUAAAGAGCCAAGGUGCAAUAACUGAGAAACUGAGAAGUUUCAGUAUGCAUGAUUUGACUACUAUUCAAGGAGAUGAGCCUGUUGGACAGAGACCUUAUCAGACAUUGCCAGAAGCCAAAAAGAAAACCAGAGCUUCUGCAAGUGAAUCUUCAGGUUACAAAACUCCACUGGAAAAAAAUCCUGGAGAUGACAAAACAGAUGAAGAGAUGGAGGGGACACAUUCAGAGGAUGAAAUGUUUGCUCAGAGAGGCCUUCGAAGAACUCAGAGUAUGAAAUCUGUGAAAACUAUUAAAGGCCGUAAAGAGAUACGAUAUGGAUCACUGAAAUACAGAGUAAAGAAGAGACCGGUUGUAUACUUUUAAGUGUACUGCACAGUGCCUGCAAGAGAAACUGCUGUACUGUAAUAACUUGAAUUCAAGUGUUAAAGAUCUGUGUACAAUUCCUAGAAUGAGUCUGUAUGAACAGAUUCAUACAGACAGAUAGGACUUGGUUUUGUAAGCCUAAGUGAUCAGAUAAAGCGUUACUCUGUUUUUCUAUAUUGCUUAUUGUUUAGAUUUAAGUCUGGACAAGUUAGAGCAUGAAUUUCAGCACUCCUUAAAUAGGAGUUAAAUGAGUAAUAGGAAAUACUCUUUUGCCAGAGGUAUUGAACAGAUUGAAAUAAUUGCAACUCCAAUUGAAUUAGCUGAAGCUGUAAGUAUCUAGAGUUUGUGAAAAUUGAACCAGUGUCCCAAGUUUACAUUGAAAUAUAGAUAUACUUUAAAUAUUUUUCUGAACUACAGUUCCUGAAAAGGUCUUUGUGUAACUUUUAAAUGUGCAGUUUAAAGGACAGUGGAUGAUGGUGGGAAAGAAAAAGGAAAGAUGAGGUAGGUAGGAUAUAUCCUUAGCAUCAUCAUCCUGCAUCAUAUUGCCAAGCUUAGCAAACUGGGAGUACACAUAGCACUUUAUGCAAAACUGUAUAGUUUUGCACACUCUUGAUGAUUUACAACUGCACAUGUCAUUUUAGUGACUUCCUAGAUAGGUUAGAGCUACAUUUUGAAUGCUAGCAAUUCUUGUAUUUCAUAUCUUUUAAAAAUUUAUGUUGAUUCCCUAAGUACACUUAGGAUGCUGUAGAUAUUUGCUACUAACGAUAUUAUCAGGUGCCUUUCUAUGUAUUAUAGGGCUGUGUGGGUUUUGUCUGUGUGUGUUUUUUGGGGGGCUUGGGGUUUUUUUUUGUUGGUGGGGUUGUUUUAUUUGUGUCUGUCUUCAUCUAAAGAGAUGUAACAUGAUUUAAGUCAGUUUCUGGUUAAAAUUGUGGUAAGUAAAACUUGUAGCAAUUCUGGUGAUAUGCCUCAGGGAUCUGAUUAGGCCACGAGCUGCAUGUGAAAGUCAUGCUACCAUAAAGGCAUGGAUAGGUUAGUCAGGCCCUGGUUUAGUUUUGCUCUACUCCGCUUCAAGAACAAGUAUAUUUAUAUAUAUUUGUACUUUAGAACAUGUGUGAGUGUAUGUUUCAUACCAUAUGUGGAUUCUAAAAUGGUCUGUGUAGUACUUUCUUUUAUUUCUGAAGUUAUUACUAAAAUAUUUGCAUAUAAAUAGCUUCUUCUAAAAGUCUAAUUGAUUUAGUCAGUCAUUUUAUAACCUAGAGUCCCAUGGCAUAUCUGCACAGAGAUUAAUUUCAAAAUGUCUUUCAAUGCAGUGACUUGUCAAAAUUACUUUUUUAGGUCACCUUUGGUACUAUUUUCUGCAGUUUUUAGAUUAGACUGAUUUUAGUUUUCUGUGUGACUGUAUUUCUACUGUGGAUUCAGGGAGAAACCACACACUUUUUGUAGUAUUUUAUUAUGUAUCUUUGGGACAGACCUUGUUACUUCC